GCCCCAAAGCGAGUUUGAGCUGAGCCGGAGCGAGGAGGCUUUCGACUGAGGGCUAGCGAGGGGAGCAGGGCUGGAGCAGGGCUGAAGCAGGGCUGAAGCAGGGCCGCGGACCCCGCACGCUCCUGCGGGCCCCGCGGAGCCAUUGCGGCCGAGGCCUCGGCCGGCGCCAGCAAAGAGCUAGCCGCAUCUUCGGGGGCAGCCGGGCAGCGGCCGGCGGCGCGGCGAGAGAGCGACUGACAGAGGGGAUGCGAGGUCCUCCAGUAGCCUGACCUGAGUGGGUUAGUGAUCCAGAGAAACCAGCAGGCCAACUUGGUCAGGAAGGUUCGGGAAGCUGUUGGAGCAGUGUGGGGAAUUUCCCACCAGGAUGAGUAUGAUUGGCUGUGAUUUUAGAUCGUAAAGCUGAAAAUUGAAAUCAUGAAAGUAGACAGGACUAAACUGAAGAAGACACCUACCGAGGCUCCUGCAGACUGCAGAGCCUUAAUAGACAAACUCAAAGUUUGUAAUGAUGAGCAACUUCUCUUGGAACUGCAGCAGAUCAAAACAUGGAACAUUGGAAAGUGCGAGUUAUAUCACUGGGUGGACCUGUUGGACCGCUUCGAUGGAAUACUGGCAGAUGCUGGACAGACAGUGGAGAAUAUGUCAUGGAUGCUCGUAUGUGAUAGGCCAGAAAGAGAGCAACUGAAAAUGCUUCUCUUGGCUGUGUUGAACUUCACAGCCUUGCUCAUUGAGUACAGCUUUUCCCGGCAUCUGUACAGUUCCAUAGAGCAUUUGACAACUUUAUUGGCUUCCUCUGAUAUGCAAGUGGUGCUGGCAGUCCUUAAUCUCCUAUAUGUAUUUAGCAAAAGAUCAAACUACAUCACUCGUCUGGGAUCUGACAAGAGGACCCCGCUGCUAACUCGGCUACAACAUUUGGCAGAGAGCUGGGGUGGAAAGGAGAAUGGCUUUGGACUUGCAGAAUGUUGCAGAGACUUGCAUAUGAUGAAAUAUCCACCCAGUGCAACUACACUACACUUUGAAUUCUAUGCAGAUCCUGGGGCCGAGGUCAAAAUUGAGAAAAGGACAACUAGUAACACACUACAUUAUAUUCACAUAGAGCAACUUGACAAGAUUUCAGAAAGCCCUUCUGAAAUCAUGGAAUCUCUUACCAAAAUGUACAGCAUUCCUAAGGAUAAGCAGAUGCUGUUAUUUACACACAUACGAUUGGCCCAUGGCUUUUCUAAUCACAGGAAGCGAUUGCAGGCAGUUCAGGCCAGGCUGCAUGCAAUAUCUAUAUUAGUGUAUUCCAAUGCCUUGCAGGAAUCAGCAAACAGUAUCUUGUAUAAUGGCUUGAUAGAGGAGUUGGUAGAUGUCCUUCAGAUAACGGAUAAGCAGCUUAUGGAGAUUAAAGCAGCUUCUUUACGAACAUUAACAUCAAUUGUCCACUUGGAGAGAACUCCCAAACUCAGCAGUAUUAUUGACUGUACUGGAACUGCCUCCUACCAUGGAUUUUUGCCAGUGCUUGUAAGGAACUGUAUCCAGGCCAUGAUUGAUCCUUCCAUGGAUCCAUACCCUCACCAGUUUGCCACUGCUCUCUUCUCUUUUUUAUACCAUCUGGCCAGCUAUGAUGCUGGUGGUGAAGCCUUGGUUUCCUGUGGAAUGAUGGAAGCCUUAUUGAAGGUCAUAAAGUUUCUCGGAGAUGAACAGGACCAGAUAACAUUUGUCACCAGAGCCGUCAGAGUGGUUGACCUUAUCACCAACCUGGAUAUGGCAGCUUUUCAAUCCCAUAGUGGACUUUCUAUCUUCAUUUAUAGACUUGAGCAUGAAGUAGAUUUGUGCCGAAAAGAAUGUCCAUUUGUGAUCAAGCCAAAGAUCCAGAGACCCAGUACUACACAGGAAGGAGAGGAAAUGGAAACUGAUAUGGAUGUUGCAGAUGUGGCUAUGGAAAGCAGUCCAGGCUCAUCCAUCUCUAUGGAGCACAGGCUGGAUGUUGAAUUAAGGGCAUCAGGUUCCAGCAGCAGCACUAACAUCUCUUCUGGCCCCAGCCCCGGUCCCAGUCCCGGCCCCGGCCCCGGCCCUGGCCCCGGCCCCGGCCCCGGCCCUGGCCCCGGCCCCGGCCCCGGUCCUGGUCCCGGCCCUGGCCCCGGCCCGGGCCCUGGCCCCCGUCCUGGAGCCCAGUGCAUUCCACAACGAGCAGCACUUCUGAAAUCCAUGUUGAAUUUCCUCAAGAAGGCCAUCCAAGACCCUGCUUUCUCAGAUGGCAUACGACAUGUGAUGGAUGGUUCUCUGCCUACCUCCCUGAAACACAUCAUCAGCAAUGCAGAAUACUAUGGCCCAUCACUCUUCCUCCUAGCUACUGAAGUGGUGACUGUGUUUGUAUUUCAAGAACCAUCACUGCUUUCCUCACUCCAGGACAAUGGAUUGACAGAUGUCAUGCUGCAUGCACUGCUUAUCAAAGAUGUUCCUGCUACCCGUGAAGUCCUUGGCUCCCUCCCAAAUGUAUUCAGUGCACUCUGCUUGAAUGCCCGAGGUCUUCAGUCUUUUGUUCAGUGUCAGCCUUUUGAACGCCUCUUCAAAGUUCUUCUGUCUCCAGAUUACCUCCCAGCCAUGCGGAGGAGGAGAAGUUCUGAUCCCCUUGGGGAUACUGCAUCCAACCUGGGGAGUGCUGUCGAUGAGCUCAUGAGACAUCAGCCCACCCUUAAAACAGAUGCAACGACUGCCAUCAUCAAGUUACUUGAAGAAAUCUGUAAUCUUGGAAGGGACCCCAAAUACAUCUGUCAGAAGCCAUCAAUCCAGAAGGCAGAUGGCACUGCCACUGCUCCUCCCCCAAGGUCUAAUCAUGCUGCAGAAGAAGCCUCUAGUGAGGAUGAGGAGGAAGAGGAAGUACAGGCCAUGCAGAGCUUUAAUUCUACCCAGCAAAAUGAAAGUGAACCUAAUCAGCAGGUUGUUGGUACAGAGGAACGUAUUCCUAUUCCCCUCAUGGAUUACAUCCUUAAUGUGAUGAAAUUUGUGGAAUCUAUUCUGAGCAACAAUACAACAGAUGACCACUGCCAGGAAUUUGUGAAUCAGAAAGGACUCUUGCCUUUGGUUACCAUUUUGGGUCUUCCCAAUCUGCCCAUUGACUUUCCCACAUCUGCUGCCUGUCAGGCUGUUGCAGGUGUCUGCAAAUCCAUAUUGACACUGUCACAUGAACCCAAAGUCCUUCAAGAAGGUCUCCUUCAGUUGGACUCCAUCCUCUCCUCCCUGGAGCCCUUACACCGCCCCAUUGAAUCCCCUGGGGGCUCAGUGUUGUUGCGAGAACUGGCUUGCGCAGGCAAUGUUGCUGAUGCUACCCUCUCAGCCCAGGCCACACCUCUGCUGCAUGCACUCACUGCUGCCCAUGCCUACAUCAUGAUGUUUGUUCAUACUUGCAGAGUUGGACAGAGUGAAAUUCGUUCCAUCUCCGUAAACCAGUGGGGCUCUCAAUUGGGUCUGAGUGUUUUGAGCAAGCUGAGCCAGUUAUACUGUUCCCUGGUGUGGGAAAGCACUGUCCUCCUCUCUCUGUGUACCCCAAACAGCCUACCAUCUGGGUGUGAAUUUGGCCAGGCAGAUAUGCAGAAACUGGUUCCAAAGGAUGAGAAGGCAGGUACGACCCAGGGCGGAAAAAGAUCAGAUGGGGAACAGGAUGGAACAGCUGGAAGUAUGGAUGCUUCUACCCAGGGCUUAUUAGAAGGCAUUGGGCUAGAUGGUGACACGUUGGCUCCCAUGGAGACAGAUGAACCUACUGCUUCAGACUCUAAGGGCAAAUCUAAAAUCACACCAGCAAUGGCUGCCAGAAUUAAGCAAAUCAAGCCUUUACUAUCAGCUUCCUCCAGAUUAGGCCGAGCACUUGCUGAGCUAUUCGGACUUCUUGUUAAACUUUGUGUGGGAUCUCCUGUCCGUCAGAGAAGGAGCCAUCAUGCUGCCAGCACCACUACAGCACCGACACCUGCCGCUCGAUCAACAGCCUCAGCUCUCACCAAGCUCUUGACUAAGGGGUUAUCUUGGCAGCCCCCGCCAUAUACACCUACUCCCCGAUUCAGGCUGACAUUCUUCAUCUGUUCAGUUGGUUUCACAUCCCCAAUGCUGUUUGAUGAGAGGAAGUAUCCCUACCACCUCAUGCUGCAAAAAUUUCUCUGCUCUGGAGGCCACAAUGCUCUUUUUGAAACUUUCAACUGGGCUCUGUCCAUGGGAGGUAAAGUUCCUGUUUCUGAGGGAUUGGAACACUCGGACUUGCCUGAUGGCACAGGAGAAUUCCUAGAUGCCUGGCUUAUGCUGGUGGAGAAGAUGGUGAAUCCCACCACGGUGCUUGAGUCUCCACAUUCACUGCCUGCCAAAUUGCCUGGAGGUGUCCAGAACUUUCCCCAAUUCAGUGCCCUCCGCUUCCUUGUGGUAACUCAGAAAGCAGCCUUUACUUGCAUCAAAAACCUAUGGAACCGGAAACCUCUGAAGGUAUAUGGUGGACGAAUGGCUGAAUCCAUGCUGGCCAUUCUGUGCCACAUCCUCCGAGGAGAACCUGUGAUUCGAGAGAGACUAAGCAAGGAGAAAGAGGGGUCUCGAGGAGAAGAGGAUACAGGGCAAGAGGAAGGUGGCUCCCGCCGGGAACCUCAAGUCAACCAGCAACAACUGCAACAGCUCAUGGACAUGGGCUUCACAAGGGAACAUGCCAUGGAGGCACUGUUGAACACCAGCACCAUGGAGCAGGCCACAGAGUACCUUCUAACCCACCCCCCUCCAAUCAUGGGAGGAGUUGUUCGGGAUCUCAGCAUGUCUGAAGAGGACCAGAUGAUGAGAGCAAUUGCUAUGUCUCUGGGACAGGAUAUUCCAAUGGAUCAAAGGGCAGAGUCACCUGAGGAAGUUGCUUGCCGGAAGGAGGAAGAGGAACGGAAAGCGCGGGAAAAGCAGGAAGAGGAGGAGGCUAAAUGUCUAGAGAAGUUCCAGGAUGCUGACCCGUUGGAACAAGAUGAGCUCCACACUUUCACAGAUACUAUGUUGCCAGGCUGCUUCCACCUUCUUGAUGAGCUGCCAGACACGGUAUACCGUGUGUGUGACCUGAUCAUGACAGCAAUCAAACGUAAUGGAGCAGAUUAUCGUGACAUGAUUCUGAAGCAAGUAGUCAAUCAGGUGUGGGAAGCUGCUGAUGUAUUGAUCAAAGCUGCUCUUCCCCUGACAACAAGUGACACAAAAACCGUGUCAGAGUGGAUAAGUCAGAUGGCCACACUGCCCCAGGCCUCCAAUUUGGCUACUAGAAUCUUGCUUUUAACGCUACUUUUUGAGGAGUUGAAGCUACCUUGUGCUUGGGUGGUUGAAUCGAGUGGCAUCCUUAAUGUCCUAAUCAAACUCUUGGAAGUGGUUCAGCCCUGCCUCCAGGCAGCCAAGGAGCAGAAGGAAGUCCAGACCCCAAAGUGGAUCACACCAGUGUUGCUCCUGAUUGAUUUCUAUGAAAAGACAGCCAUCUCCUCAAAAAGGAGAGCCCAGAUGACUAAGUACCUGCAAUCCAACAGCAACAACUGGCGCUGGUUUGAUGAUCGCUCUGGGCGUUGGUGUAGUUACAGUGCAAGCAACAAUAGCACUAUUGAUUCUGCCUGGAAAUCUGGAGAGACAAGUGUGCGAUUCACUGCAGGCCGAAGAAGAUACACAGUCCAGUUCACUACAAUGGUGCAGGUUAAUGAGGAAACAGGGAACCGACGCCCUGUGAUGCUGACUCUCCUCAGGGUACCUCGGCUGAAUAAAAAUUCAAAAAACAGCAAUGGACAGGAACUAGAGAAGACGCUGGAAGAAAGCAAAGAAAUGGAUAUCAAACGUAAAGAAAAUAAAGGCAACGAUACCCCUUUGGCCCUAGAGGGUACAAACACUGAAAAGGAGACAAGCCUGGAGGAAACAAAAAUCGGGGAGAUCCUGAUCCAGGGCUUGACAGAAGAUAUGGUGACUGUUUUAAUCCGGGCCUGUGUGAGCAUGCUGGGAGUCCCUGUGGACCCAGAUACUUUGCAUGCCACCCUUCGUCUCUGCCUGAGGCUCACCCGGGACCACAAAUAUGCCAUGAUGUUUGCAGAACUGAAGAGUACCCGCAUGAUCUUGAAUUUGACCCAGAGCUCAGGCUUCAAUGGGUUUACUCCCCUGGUCACCCUUCUCUUAAGACACAUCAUUGAGGACCCCUGUACCCUUCGUCAUACCAUGGAAAAGGUUGUUCGCUCAGCAGCUACAAGUGGAGCUGGUAGCACUACCUCUGGUGUUGUGUCUGGCAGCCUCGGCUCUCGGGAGAUCAACUACAUCCUUCGUGUCCUCGGGCCAGCCGCAUGCCGCAAUCCAGACAUAUUCACAGAAGUGGCCAACUGCUGUAUCCGCAUCGCCCUUCCUGCCCCUCGAGGCUCAGGAACUGCUUCAGAUGAUGAAUUUGAGAAUCUUAGAAUUAAAGGCCCUAAUGCUGUACAGCUGGUGAAGACCACCCCUUUGAAGCCCUCACCUCUGCCUGUCAUCCCUGAUACUAUCAAGGAAGUGAUCUAUGAUAUGCUGAAUGCUCUGGCUGCAUACCAUGCUCCAGAGGAAGCAGAUAAAUCUGAUCCUAAACCUGGGGGUAUGACCCAAGAGGUUGGCCAGCUCCUGCAAGACAUGGGUGAUGAUGUAUACCAGCAGUACCGGUCACUUACGCGUCAGAGCAGUGACUUUGAUACGCAGUCAGGUUUUUCCAUUAAUAGUCAGGUCUUUGCUGCAGAUGGUGCCUCCACUGAGACUUCCGCAUCUGGGACCUCCCAAGGAGAGGCUUCAACUCCAGAGGAGUCUCGAGAUGGGAAGAAAGAUAAAGAAGGGGACCGGGCCUCUGAGGAAGGCAAACAGAAAGGCAAGGGCAGCAAACCUUUAAUGCCUACCUCCACUAUCCUUCGUCUUCUGGCAGAGUUGGUGAGGUCCUAUGUUGGUAUUGCUACCCUGAUUGCCAACUACAGCUACACUGUGGGCCAGUCUGAACUGAUCAAAGAGGACUGCAGUGUGCUAGCUUUUGUCCUGGACCACCUGCUCCCACAUACCCAGAAUGCAGAAGACAAGGACACCCCUGCCCUGGCCCGCCUGUUCCUCGCAAGCCUGGCUGCAGCAGGGAGUGGCACAGAUGCCCAGGUGGCCCUAGUGAAUGAAGUAAAAGCAGCCCUGGGACGGGCACUGGCUAUGGCUGAGAGUACAGAGAAGCAUGCCAGGCUUCAGGCAGUAAUGUGUAUCAUCAGUACUAUCAUGGAGUCCUGCCCCUCCACCUCCAGCUUCUACAGCAGUGCCACAGCGAAGACCCAGCACAAUGGCAUGAACAACAUCAUUCGGCUCUUCCUGAAGAAGGGACUGGUUAAUGACCUGGCUAGAGUACCUCACAGCUUAGAUUUGUCCAGUCCCAACAUGGCCAACACAGUCAAUGCUGCUCUGAAGCCUUUGGAAACACUUUCCCGGAUUGUGAACCAGCCCAGUAGCCUUUUUGGCAGUAAGAGUGCUUCUAGCAAGAACAAGUCUGAGCAGGAUGCCCAAGGAGCCUCUCAAGAUUCCAAUAGCAACCAGCAGGACCCAGGCGAGCCUGGGGAAGCAGAAGUGCAGGAGGAGGAUCAUGAUGUCACUCAGACAGAGGUGGCAGAUGGGGAUAUCAUGGAUGGGGAGGCUGAAACCGACUCAGUGGUGAUUGCUGGGCAGCCUGAGGUGCUCAGUUCACAAGAGAUGCAGGUUGAGAAUGAGCUGGAGGACCUGAUAGAUGAGUUGCUUGAGAGGGAUGGCGGAUCUGGGAACAGUACAAUUAUAGUGAGCAGAAGUGGAGAGGAUGAAUCACAAGAGGACGUGCUGAUGGAUGAAGCUCCUUCCAACCUCAGCCAAGCUUCCACCUUGCAGGCCAACCGAGAAGAUUCCAUGAAUAUCCUGGACCCUGAGGAUGAGGAGGAGCACACUCAGGAAGAGGACAGCAGUGGCAGUAACGAGGAUGAGGAUGAUAGUCAGGAUGAAGAGGAGGAGGAGGAGGAAGAUGAGGAAGAUGAUCAGGAGGAUGAUGAAGGUGAAGAGGGAGAUGAAGACGAUGACGACGAUGGCUCUGAGAUGGAAUUGGAUGAGGAUUAUCCUGAUAUGAACGCUUCUCCCUUGGUCCGAUUUGAGCGCUUUGACCGGGAGGAUGAUCUCAUCAUUGAGUUUGACAACAUGUUCUCCAGUGCUACAGACAUCCCCCCAUCCCCAGGAAAUAUCCCUACCACCCAUCCACUGAUGGUGCGCCAUGCAGACCACAGUUCUCUGACACUGGGCAGUGGCUCUUCAACAACUCGUCUCACCCAGGGCAUCGGGCGCAGUCAGAGGACCCUAAGGCAGCUGACAGCCAAUACUGGCCACACCAUUCAUGUUCACUACCCUGGGAAUCGCCAGCCCAACCCUCCUCUUAUACUCCAGAGGUUGCUUGGUCCCUCAGCUGCUGCUGACAUCCUUCAGCUGAGCAGCAGCCUUCCCCUACAAAGCCGGGGUCGGGCCCGCCUCCUGGUAGGCAACGAUGACGUCCACAUCAUCGCCCGUUCUGAUGAUGAGCUGCUGGAUGACUUUUUCCAUGAUCAGAGCACAGCUACCAGCCAAGCAGGAACCCUGUCCAGCAUCCCCACAGCCCUGACCCGCUGGACAGAAGAAUGCAAAGUUCUCGAUGCUGAGAGCAUGCACGACUGUGUUUCAGUGGUUAAAGUGUCCAUUGUCAAUCACCUGGAAUUCCUGAGGGAUGAGGAGCUGGAAGAAAGGCGCGAGAAGCGCAGGAAACAACUGGCUGAGGAAGAAACAAAGAUAACUGAUAAAGGCAAAGAAGAUAAGGAGAACAGGGAUCAGAGUGCACAGUGUACUGCAUCUAAGACAAAUGACUCUACUGAACAGAAUCUCUCAGAUGGGACGCCUAUGCCUGACAGCUACCCAACAACCCCAUCUUCAACUGAUGCAGCUACAUCUGAGUCCAAGGAGACCCUUGGCACUCUGCAGUCCUCACAACAGCAACCAACACUCCCAACCCCACCAGCUUUGGGAGAGGUUCCUCAGGAGCUGCAGUCCCCAGCUGGAGAAGGGGGCAGCUCUACACAGCUAUUGAUGCCUGUAGAGCCAGAGGAAUUGGGUCCCACAAGGCCAAGUGGGGAAGCAGAAACAACGCAGAUGGAGUUAUCCCCAGCUCCCACUAUAACCUCUCUUUCCCCAGAGAGAGCUGAGGAUUCUGAUGCACUGACGGCUGUCAGCAGUCAGCUGGAAGGCUCUCCUAUGGAUACAAGCAGCCUGGCUUCCUGUACCCUAGAGGAGGCUGUGGGUGAUGCUUCAGCAACUGGCAGUUCUGAGCAGCCCAGAGCAGGCAGCUCCACUCCUGGGGAUGCCCCACCAGCUGUGGCGGAAGUGCAAGGCAGGAGUGAUGGGUCAGGGGAAUCUGCCCAGCCACCUGAGGACAGCUCCCCCCCUGCAUCCUCUGAGAGCUCUUCCACCAGAGAUUCUGCCGUGGCCAUUUCUGGAGCAGAUUCUCGAGGAAUCCUAGAAGAGCCGUUGCCUUCAACAAGCAGUGAAGAAGAAGAUCCCCUUGCAGGUAUCAGUCUCCCUGAAGGCGUGGACCCCUCUUUUCUGGCUGCCCUGCCUGAUGACAUCCGUCGGGAAGUUCUACAGAACCAGCUAGGCAUUCGUCCACCAACCCGGACUGCCCCCUCCACAAAUAGCUCAGCGCCUGCAGUGGUGGGGAAUCCUGGUGUGACUGAAGUGAGCCCUGAGUUUCUGGCUGCCCUGCCUCCAGCUAUUCAGGAGGAAGUACUGGCACAGCAGAGAGCUGAGCAGCAGCGACGAGAACUGGCACAGAAUGCCAGCUCAGACACCCCUAUGGACCCUGUGACCUUCAUCCAGACUCUGCCCUCAGACCUGCGCCGUAGUGUCCUAGAGGAUAUGGAGGACAGCGUGUUAGCUGUGAUGCCACCUGACAUUGCAGCUGAGGCUCAAGCCCUGAGACGAGAGCAGGAAGCCCGGCAGCGACAGCUCAUGCAUGAGCGUCUGUUUGGGCACAGUAGCACCUCUGCACUCUCUGCUAUUCUCCGAAGCCCGGCUUUCACCAGUCGCCUAAGUGGCAACCGUGGGGUCCAAUAUACUCGCCUUGCUGUGCAGAGAGGUGGCACCUUCCAGAUGGGGGGUGGCAGCAGCCAUAACAGGCCUUCUGGCAGUAAUGUAGAUACUCUCCUCCGCCUCCGAGGACGGCUCCUUCUGGACCACGAAGCCCUUUCUUGUCUCCUGGUCCUACUUUUUGUGGAUGAGCCAAAGCUCAAUACUAGCCGUCUACACCGAGUACUGAGAAAUCUCUGCUACCAUGCCCAGACCCGCCACUGGGUCAUCCGCAGUCUGCUCUCCAUCUUGCAGCGCAGCAGUGAGAGUGAGCUAUGCAUUGAAACACCCAAACUCACUACAAGUGAGGAAAAGGGCAAAAAGUCGAGCAAGAGCUGUGGGUCAAGUAGCCAUGAGAACCGUCCCCUGGACCUGCUACACAAGAUGGAGUCGAAGAGCUCCAACCAGCUUUCCUGGCUCUCAGUAUCCAUGGAUGCAGCCCUAGGCUGCAGGACUAAUAUAUUUCAGAUCCAGCGUUCAGGGGGGCGUAAACAUACAGAGAAGCAUGCAAGUGGUGGCUCCACCGUCCACAUCCACCCCCAAGCUGCUCCUGUUGUCUGCAGACACGUUUUGGACACACUCAUUCAACUGGCCAAGGUAUUUCCCAGCCACUUCACACAGCAGCGGACCAAAGAAACAAACUGUGAGAGUGAUCGGGAAAGGGGCAGUAAGGCCUGUAGCCCAUGCUCCUCACAGUCCUCCAGCAGUGGCAUUUGCACAGACUUCUGGGACUUAUUGGUAAAACUGGACAACAUGAAUGUCAGCCGGAAAGGCAAGAACUCCGUGAAGUCAGUGCCAGUGAGCGCUGGCGGUGAGGGGGAAACCUCUCCAUACAGCCUUGAGGCCUCUCCACUGGGGCAGCUCAUGAACAUGUUGUCACACCCAGUCAUCCGCCGGAGCUCUCUCUUAACUGAGAAACUCCUCAGACUCCUUUCUCUCAUCUCAAUUGCUCUCCCAGAAAACAAGGUGUCAGAAGCACAGGCUAAUUCUGGCAGCGGUGCUUCCUCCACCACUACUGCCACCUCAACCACAUCUACCACCACCACCACUGCCGCCUCCACCACGCCCACACCCCCUACUGCACCCACCCCUGUCACUUCUGCUCCAGCCCUGGUUGCUGCCACGGCUAUUUCCACCAUUGCCGUAGCUGCUUCGACCACAGUGACUACACCCACGACUGCUACCACUACUGUUUCAAUUUCUGCCACUACUAAGGGCAGCAAAUCUCCAGCGAAGGUGGGUGAUGGGGGCAGCAGCAGUACAGACUUUAAGAUGGUGUCCUCUGGCCUCACUGAAAACCAGCUACAGCUCUCUGUAGAGGUGUUGACAUCCCACUCUUGUUCUGAGGAAGGCUUAGAGGAUGCAGCCAACGUACUACUGCAGCUCUCCCGGGGGGACUCUGGGACCCGGGACACUGUUCUCAAGCUGCUACUGAAUGGAGCCCGCCAUCUGGGUUAUACCCUUUGUAAACAAAUAGGUACCCUGCUGGCCGAGCUGCGGGAAUACAACCUUGAGCAGCAGCGGCGAGCCCAAUGUGAAACCCUCUCUCCUGAUGGCCUGCCCGAGGAGCAGCCACAGACCACCAAGCUGAAGGGCAAAAUGCAGAGCAGGUUUGACAUGGCUGAGAAUGUGGUAAUUGUGGCAUCUCAGAAGCGACCUUUGGGUGGCCGGGAGCUCCAGCUGCCUUCUAUGUCCAUGUUGACAUCCAAGACAUCUACCCAGAAGUUCUUCUUGAGGGUACUACAGGUCAUCAUCCAGCUCCGGGACGACACGCGCCGGGCUAACAAGAAAGCCAAGCAGACAGGCAGGCUAGGUUCCUCCGGUUUAGGCUCAGCUAGCAGCAUCCAGGCAGCUGUUCGGCAGCUGGAGGCUGAGGCUGAUGCCAUUAUACAAAUGGUACGUGAGGGUCAAAGGGCGCGGAGACAGCAACAAGCAGCAACGUCGGAGUCUAGCCAGUCAGAGGCAUCUGUCCGGAGGGAGGAAUCACCCAUGGAUGUGGACCAGCCAUCUCCCAGUGCUCAAGAUACUCAAUCCAUUGCCUCCGAUGGAACCCCACAGGGGGAGAAGGAAAAGGAAGAAAGACCACCUGAGUUACCCCUGCUCAGUGAGCAGCUGAGCUUGGAUGAGCUGUGGGACAUGCUGGGGGAGUGUCUAAAGGAACUAGAGGAAUCCCAUGACCAGCAUGCUGUGCUAGUGCUACAGCCUGCCGUCGAGGCCUUCUUUCUGGUCCAUGCCACAGAGCGGGAGAGCAAGCCUCCUGUCCGAGACACCCGUGAGAGUCAGCUGGCACACAUCAAGGACGAGCCUCCUCCACUCUCCCCUGCGCCCUUAACCCCAGCCACGCCUUCCUCCCUUGACCCAUUCUUCUCCCGGGAGCCCUCAUCUAUGCACAUCUCCUCAAGCCUGCCCCCUGACACACAGAAGUUCCUUCGCUUUGCAGAGACUCACCGCACUGUGUUAAACCAGAUCCUACGGCAGUCCACGACCCACCUUGCUGAUGGGCCUUUUGCUGUCCUGGUAGACUACAUUCGUGUCCUCGACUUUGAUGUCAAGCGCAAAUAUUUUCGCCAAGAGCUGGAGCGUUUAGAUGAGGGGCUCCGGAAAGAAGACAUGGCUGUGCAUGUCCGUCGUGACCAUGUGUUUGAAGACUCCUAUCGUGAGCUGCAUCGCAAAUCCCCUGAAGAAAUGAAGAAUCGAUUGUAUAUAGUGUUUGAAGGAGAAGAAGGGCAGGAUGCUGGCGGGCUCCUGCGGGAGUGGUACAUGAUCAUCUCUCGGGAGAUGUUUAACCCUAUGUAUGCCUUGUUCCGUACCUCACCUGGUGAUCGAGUCACCUACACCAUCAAUCCAUCUUCCCACUGCAACCCCAACCACCUCAGCUACUUCAAGUUUGUCGGACGCAUUGUGGCCAAAGCUGUAUAUGACAACCGUCUUCUGGAGUGCUACUUUACUCGAUCCUUUUACAAACACAUCUUGGGCAAGUCAGUCAGAUAUACAGAUAUGGAGAGUGAAGAUUACCACUUCUACCAGGGUCUGGUUUAUCUGCUGGAAAAUGAUGUCUCCACACUAGGCUAUGACCUCACCUUCAGCACUGAGGUCCAAGAGUUUGGAGUGUGUGAAGUUCGUGACCUCAAACCCAAUGGGGCCAACAUCUUGGUAACAGAGGAGAAUAAGAAGGAGUAUGUACACCUGGUAUGCCAGAUGAGAAUGACAGGAGCCAUCCGCAAGCAGCUGGCGGCUUUCUUAGAAGGCUUCUAUGAGAUCAUUCCAAAGCGCCUCAUUUCCAUCUUCACUGAGCAGGAGUUAGAGCUGCUUAUAUCAGGACUGCCCACCAUUGACAUCGAUGAUCUGAAAUCCAACACUGAAUACCACAAGUACCAGUCCAACUCUAUUCAGAUCCAGUGGUUCUGGAGAGCAUUGCGUUCUUUCGACCAAGCUGACCGUGCCAAGUUCCUCCAGUUUGUCACGGGUACUUCCAAGGUACCCCUGCAAGGCUUUGCUGCCCUCGAAGGCAUGAAUGGCAUUCAGAAGUUUCAGAUCCAUCGAGAUGACAGGUCCACAGAUCGCCUGCCUUCAGCUCACACAUGUUUUAAUCAGCUGGAUCUGCCUGCCUAUGAGAGCUUUGAGAAGCUCCGCCACAUGCUACUAUUGGCUAUCCAGGAGUGCUCUGAAGGCUUUGGGCUGGCCUAAUAAGGCCCUGCCCACCUCUGUGGGUUUUUUUUACCAUUGUUGGACCUGGGGAGGGGGGAGUUAAAAAAAGAACCAGAAAGAAAUUGUCAAAAACCAAUAAAUGAAAUCCACCAACUCACCGUGUGUGUCCCAGCUGCCCCAUCUUCCCCAGCGCAUACCUAUUCCUCUUCUCAUUCUCUCCCCGCCACCUGUUUCCUCACCUUCUUUCCCCUUUCCAUGCCGUCCAUGAUCCCCGCCCCAUGUGUUUAAAAGGCAGUAGCCUUUGCAGGGACCUGUCUGUCCCGACUGUUUGAACAGUGUGCUCCUCAGAUUCUGUGUUCAGAAGGAUUUGCUGCAUUGAGACUUGAAACCUUUGGAUAGGGGAAAAAAUUAUAUAUAUAUAUAUUUUUUUGUUCUGUUUGCAUUUCUUAAUUUGUGCUUGGAAUGUGUUGAUGUGCACAGCUAAUGAUUCAAUGCGAGACAAGAUUGGCGUCUGUGUUGUGGAGGUUUCAAAUAAAGAGCACUCUUCAUAACUUACUUUUCACAAUGGAGUUUUUUUCAAACUUUAAAAAAAAAAAACUCUUAAGCACAUGCUAGGCAUCUGGAGAAAAGAUCCGAAUGGAUUCUCCAGGAAACCAUCCCUGCCCGACCCGCUUGUCCACCUGCCUCCACCACUGGUGCAACUUCAUCCUUCAGAGUCAGUUUCUGCAGUCAGGAGAGAUUGGCAGUUCACCAGAAAUUGGGAGUGGGGGCAUCUGUUUUUUUUAGAAUGGGAGCUGCACUUGGGGAUGGUGAUGGUGUUAGAGAUUGCAGCCUAGGACAAAGCAUCACCUUGCUCAAGGGGAACAAACUGCAGCAGGUUGUACAAAACAGAGCUCACUUGACCCAGCCCAGGGUUUUACUUGGUGAGCCUUUCCAGUAGUCCUGAGUCUGGGGCUCAGUUUUAGGUUUUUAUUUCAUUAAUGUUUGUUUAUUUCUAAUAAAUUUUAAUAAACAAGUAAUUUAGGUCACCAGAA